CACCAAUUGAUGCUUUCUAUAAUAAAUUGGAAGGUGAGAAAUGUCUUCGAAGAAACUAUAUGAGAGCUCAACUAGUAUGGAAUAAAUUUCAAUGUCAGAAUUUGGGUGAAUACAGCGAUCUUUACAUGAAAACAGAUAUCCUUUUAUUAGCUGAUGUAUUUGAACAAUUUCGUUCAAGCUGCCAUAAAACUUAUGGAUUAGAUCCAACACAUUAUUUCACCUUACCGGGAUAUACGUGGGAUGCAAUGUUGAAAUAUACAAAACAGGAAUUGGAACUUCUCACAGAUGUGGAUAUGUUUCUGUUUGUUGAAAAAGGUAUUCGUGGUGGGUUAUCGCAGGUUUGUGGAAAACGGCGAGCUCAUGCAAACAACAAGUACCUACCUAAUUAUGAUCCAACUAAACCCGAAAAUUAUCUCAUGUACUUUGAUGUGAAUAAUCAAUAUGGAUGGGCAAUGUCACAGCAUCUACCAUAUGGAGGUUUCCGAUGGUCUGAUACAAAUAUUGAUGUAACACAAAUUCCAGAUGAUGCUUCUGAAGGAUAUAUUUUAGAAGUGGAUCUUGAAUAUCCCAGGGAAUUACACGAUAAACAUAAAGAUCUUCCCUUCUGUCCUGAACAUAAUGAUUCUAAAACUCGAACGCCUUGUUAUGCAUCUCAACAAAAUGCGAAACUUAUGGCUACUUUGAAAUCUAAGAAGAAAUAUAUUAUCCACUAUCGAAACCUGAAGCAGGCAUUGAGGAAUGGUCUUAUACCAACAAAAAUUCAUCGAGUACUCAAGUUCAAACAAUCUGCUUGGCUAAAAUCAUAUAUUGAUCUCAAUACUGAGCUGAGGAAGAAAGCAAAGAAUGAGUUUGAGAAGAAUUUAUUCAAAUUGAUGAACAAUGCUGUUUUUGGCAAAACUAUGGAGAAUAUCCGAAAGAGGGUGAAUGUUCAUCUGCUAACGAAAUGGGAAGGACGUUAUGGAGCGGAAGCUUACAUUUCCAAACCCGAGUUCAAGAAUUCUAUUAUUUUUGAUGAAAACUUGGUCGCAGUUGAACUCAAAAAACUAGAAGUAUAUUUAAAUAAACCAAUUUACGUGGGGAUGUGUAUCCUAGACUUGGCUAAGACAACUAUAUAUGAUUUCCAUUAUGACUAUAUGAAAGGAACUUUCAGAGAGGGAUGUACCAUACUAUAUACUGAUAUCGACUCGCUCAUUUAUGAGUUAUUUGAAGAUCCUUAUGAGGUGAUGAGACGAGAUUGCCAUACACGAUUUGAUACCUCAGACUACCCUAAAAAUAACCCUUAUGGUAUUCCACAAGUGAAUAAGAAGGUAUUGGGUAUGAUGAAGGAUGAGAAUGAGGGUAUUCCGAUGACUGAUUAUGUAGGCCUCAGAUCUAAACUAUAUACAGUCAAAAAUUCUAAUGAUGAGAUUGAUGUGAAGAAACGACAAUGGGAGAAAGAAGGGCAUGACCCUGAAGAAAUUGAAUCUAUGGCUCAAAAUUAUGGUAUCACGAAGAAAGCUAAGGGAAUUGAAAAAUCUAUUGUAAAGAACAACAUUUGUUUCGAUGAUUACAUAGAAUGUCUGGAAACAUGGAAGCAUAAGAUUAUUUCACAAAAUUUGAUCCGAUCAAAAGAGCAUAAUGUGUAUUCGUUGACCCAAGAGAAGAUCGCUCUCAGCCCUCACGAUGACAAACGAUAUCUAGUAUCUGGAACCUUUGAAACACUACCCUGGGACCAUUAUUCCAUCAACAAACGAAAAACAGAAGAACCUGAUGAGCCAAGGAAGAAGAUUACUAUAUUGGAAACACUAUUAACUAUGUAACACUCUGUAAUUGUUUUCCACUAAUUGUAUAAUAAAUAACCAAAUUCAAUUAUUUGUAAA